AUGGUGCCCGAAUUCCCCGAUGUUAUGGCAGAUGGCUACGGUUCCCAGGGUCGGUCAAAUUCACAGCUCCGUGCUCGGUUGUUCCCAGAUAUUUCAGAUUCACGUUUGCGACUGAAAGAUUUAGAAGACUUUAUUAUGUCCCCGAAUUAUUCGGCACUACAAGAUGAAGAUGCUGUGAUGCUUAUCCAACAUGUUUUUAUGUUGAAGGGUCUACACGGACAGGAUGUUAAAACGGGCAUUCCUGCAGCAGUAUACAAGCUUGCUGAUAAUAUAGAUGAUUGGAACAGAUAUUACAUUUAA